AUGUAUAAUGUAUUUAUAUGCUCCGUCCCUCAUAGCCUCACUCCUCCCAAAUCAGCUGAGAGUAACAGUGACAGUGCUGCCUUCAAAAUCUUCAUCCAUUCCAUGGGCGAAGAAUCAGAAUCAGAAUCUCAAUCUCAACCCAACCCUAACACCACCACCUACCUAACCAAUGUACCCCGCCAAUCUCAUUCACCACCCUCCAAACUCCCUUCCCGACCCAGAAAAUUUCGUAAACUUUCCAACACUACAGAUUCCCACAAUAAUUCCAACCCAAGGCUCAUUCCUCGUUCACUUUCAUCCGAAGGUGAACUAGAAUCAGCCAUUAAUUACCUCAAAUCCUCCGACCCAUUACUUAUCCCAUUAAUACAAACUUACCCACUUCCCAUUCUUGAACUUUCUCAACCCCCUUUUCUUGCCUUGACAAAAAGCAUUCUUUUUCAGCAAUUAGCUUUCAAAGCUGGUUCCUCAAUUUACUCUCGAUUCAUCUCUCUUUGUGGUGGUGAGUGUAAUAUAAGUCCAGAUAUUGUUUUAGGAUUAACCCCACAACAGCUUCGUCAAAUUGGGAUAUCUGCUAGAAAAGCAAGUUAUUUACAUGACCUAGCAAGGAAGUAUCAAAAUGGGAUUUUGUCUGAUAAGUCAAUUGUGGAAAUGGAUGAUAAGUCCCUUUUUGCUAUGCUUACUAUGGUCAAUGGAGUGGGGCCUUGGUCAGUUCAUAUGUUUAUGAUAUUUUCGUUGCAUAGGCCGGAUGUUUUGCCAAUACAUGAUCUUGGUAUUAGGAAAGGAGUGAAAAUGUUAUAUGGGCUUGAGGAUCUUCCUAGGCCUUCGCAAAUGGAUCAGUUGUGUGAGAAAUGGAAGCCUUAUAGAUCGGUUGCUUCUUGGUACAUUUGGAGGUUUGUAGAGGCAAAGGGGGCGAAUUCGAAAGCAACUGUUGUGGGGAAUUCUGAUGUUAGUUUGCAGCUGCUUCUGCAACAGCAACAUCAGCAUUUCUUGGAUCCUCUUAAUGAGAUUCAUAAUGUUGGGUAUGUUUCCUUUUGCUUCUAGUUUGCCAUUAACUGU